AUGGAAGUGACGGCCUGUGCUGACGUAAUGAGGUAUGUGCUUUCGCGAGUUCUGGUUGGUCCCUAAGGAGCUGGUCACAACUUCAGCAACUUCAAGACUCCGUCCGGCCACACUACCUCCAACAGCUUUUGCGCAUCACCAGCAUCGUUCACUCACGACACUAGCAUCGGCACUAUCGACAGAUUUCGCCUUUGACACAAGGCCUUCCGUAAGCGGUAACCCGUAAACACUCGGUAGUAAGGACUCGACUAAUCAGACCUACAGAGCUUACGCACAUACCAGGAUGGUGACCUCGAGCACGUUCACCGCGCUCAUAUUGCAGCCAGACAACUCUCCAGCCCUCCUCGCAAAAUUCCAGUAGAGAUUCGGCUCACGAUCUACGAGUACGCACUCGAACCUGACACAACCAUUGACAUCGUCCCGGCCCGAAGGAAAUCCUCUAAAAGGCAGAACGAAAUUAACGAAUACCCACUGAGCACCACGGAGCCAGCGCUACUUCGGGUUUGCCGCCAGAUCCGCGCCGAGGCCAUGAAGCCGUACAAUAACUUCCUGAAGGCGGAGCAGGCUCGUGUCAUCACGGCCUUGUUCCCCGCCGCGUGGGACCGCCUCCAUUUUGUAGACCUAAAAGAAGGCUUAUCAAAGAUACUCUGGCAACCUCCCGCGGGCGCCGCGCAGUAUCUGCGUGGCCUUGCUAGUGCAGCCAAGCGCGUGAGAACCUCUGGGUACGUCGCACCGCAGAUGGUUGCACGACCCGUGUGGAAUGAUAUGAUCAGUCGUGCGAUUCAAGCCCGCUCUGAGCCUUCGCUGGCUCCAUUGCUGAGCGAGUUUCUCGAUUAG